CCCCGGAGGUCACCCUCUACUUUAGUUUAUAUCCUUUGUGCUUCAAACAGUGAGACAAUUUGUUCAACACGCUUGUCAAACAAACGUUAAACUUAUCAGGACUUCAAACUGGAAUAUUAGUUUUGUAAAAUAAUAGUUAGCAAUACAAGUAGGAUUAAUGGAGACUGUACCAAAGGAUUUGAGAGGUUUACGAGCUUGUAUGGUGUGUUCUUUAAUCAAGACAUUCGACCAAUUUGAAAUGGAUGGCUGCGAAAAUUGCGACGAAUUCUUACGAUUGAAGAACAACAAAGACAAUGUAUUCGAUUGCACCAGCUCCAAUUUUGAUGGGAUGAUUGCAGCAAUGAGUCCAGAAGACAGCUGGGUGUGUAAAUGGCAGAGAAUAAAUCGUUUUACGAAAGGAGUCUACGCCAUUUCAGUCUCUGGACGACUCCCCCCAAACAUAAUAAGAGACAUGAAGAGUCGAGGAAUAGUCUACAGACCACGAGACACAUCACAGAGAUAAAGUUACAUAAAAGAGAGACCGAUUAACGAAUUUGAUAUCAUUUAUCGAUUUUUUACGACUCGCAACAUGGAAUACAAUGUCUGUAGCCUAGCAGACGUUUCGAAGAUUCUUUCUGCGUGGAAUUGAGAAGAUAAAACAUUCAUUAGGAUUGGUGAAGUUAUCAUGGGGGUACGUCGACAGCUACAACACAGACCAGUACAAACUACAAGAUUUUUUCAUUAUCUCAAGUUCACUGACGACGAGUCCGUAAAAAUUUAUUAGGAGGAAGAGUGUUUAUUUUUUCAAGGAAACAAUCACAAAUAAUUAUGUUACUAUAUCUCUUUUACAAAUUGGUUUAAGUAAAAAUGAAUAUUUAAUCAAAA